AUGUUAGGGGCCCGUGCCGCGGCUGGCACUUCAAGCCUGAUUGAACAUCCAACAUGCGUCUCUUUCGUCCAUGUGGACUGUUCUGGCUAUGGCUCAGAUUUCAGCAGUCACAAGAGUCUUCGAUCAGACAUAGCGGGUGAAGAUUCACAAGCCUCUUUCCAUCCACGCUACCAACAGAACUUCGACCUCAAACCCCAUCCCAAGUGCAAUGGCGAAUAUGACUCUUUCAAACAGCCUGCCUCACACGGCCCCUGCGAUGCACAAUAUCGUGUUCCCAUCCGUCUCUUAUAUGCUCGACGGGUCUCCCGAUCAACGGUCACACAAUGCGCCUCUUGGAAUUUGACCGUGGUGGUGAGCUACGCAUAUCGAAGGAUUCUCUCGCAUACGUGGGGAGCGGAUGAGGAUGAGGUCACAUUCAACGAUCUAUACAGUGGAUCUGGCAAGAACAAGGCUGGUUAUACAAAGAUUCAAUUUUGUGGGCAACAAGCCAGGAAAAAUGGCCUCCAAUAUUUCUGGGUGGACACCUGCUGCAUCAAUAAAGCAAACUUGACGGAGCUCGCCGAAGCUAUUACCUCAAUGUUUCGCUGGUACCGCGACGCCGCAAAAUGCUACGUGUACCUGUCCGAUGUGUCGGUUUACAACAACGAUCAUAGCCACCCGCCUCAGCAGUGGCCAUGGGAGUCGGCGUUCCGGAAAAGCAGGUGGUUCACACGAGGCUGGACGCUCCAAGAACUCCUUGCUCCGAAAUCAGUCGAAUUCUUUUCGCGCGAAGGAGAGCGCCUCGGAGAUCGAAAUCUACUCGAGCAGGUGAUUCACGAGAUUACAGAUAUUCCUAUAUCGGCUCUCCGCGGCACUCCUAUGUCUCAUUUCAGCGAUGAUGAGAAGAUACGAUGGGCAGCGAAACGUCACACCAAAAAGAUAGAAGACAAAGCGUACUGUCUGCUUGGGAUCUUUGGUGUUUUUAUGUCUCUGAGGUAUGGUGAGGGAGACAACGCAUUCUCUCGGCUUGAGAAGAAGAUCAAUAGGUCUGCUAGAUAUGAAUUGACCGAGCCUGUAUGGUAUAUACCCUUUGAUCCAAUGUCGGGAUUUGUCGGCCGCAAAGACGAGCUGAAGCACGUCAAGCAGAAAAUCUUUAAAACCAGUGGCCGUCGAAUUGUUUCCGUCCUCGGCUUGGGGGGUGUGGGCAAAAGUCGAUUGGUCCUGGAGCUUGCCUACCAGAUCCGGUCGGACUAUCCGCAGUAUUCCAUCUUCUGGAUUCAGGCUGCAGGCCAGCUGACCUUUGAGAAGGACAUGCUCGAGAUUGGAAAGAGGCUCAGAAUCCCAGGCAUCGAAGAUGAGAAAGCCGAUGUCAAAACCCUCGUUAAGCAGCGGCUUAGCAACCCUUCUGAGGGAAAGUGGAUCCUGAUCCUCGACAACGCCGAUGACGAGUCAUUAUGGGGGAAGCACUCGGACAUGAGCCAGCAGACAGUCUCACUCGCGAACUAUUUACCGAGGACGGCGAACGGUGCUAUCCUGGUCACCACUCGCACGAGACAAGUGGCAUCUGGUCUUGCCGGAAAAGAAGUGAUUGAAUUGAAAGCCAUGACCGAAGACGAAGCCGUUGAAAUGUUUACGGAGAGAUUGGAAGCAACAACUCUAGCAGCGGACCGUGCCAUACUGUUGACCCUGGCGAACAAGCUAGCGUGUCUGCCACUGGCUAUUGUUCAGGCCGCCUCGUUUACAAAUAUGACCCAACAGCCGGUGCAGACCUAUCUUGAGCUGCUGGACGAGCCGGAAAUCGACGUUAUUAAGCUUCUCAGCGAGGACUUCGGAGACCCGUCACGGUAUCCCGAAGCCAAGAAUCCGAUUGCCACCACCUGGUUCAUCUCGUUUGAGUACAUCCGCCAGCACCAUCCGCUCGCGGCGAGGUUUCUUUCGUGCAUGGCAUGCUUUCACGAAACGAAUAUCCCGGCGUCGCUACUACCAGAAGCAAGCUCAAAGAUGGACAUUGUUAAGGCUAUUUCCGUCUUGACGGGAUAUUCCUUUAUCACAAAGCGGACAGCCAGCGGCGACAUCAAACAUUUGAAGGAGUUGUACGACAUGCAUCGACUCGUACAGCUAGCUGCUCGGAAUUGGUUGAAGAUGGAAGGAUCGUUUCCUACUUGGAUUAAAGCCUGCAUCACACGGACGGCGCAGAUCUUUCCGACGCGAGAAUAUAGGAAUAAAGGAACAUGGACAGCGUAUCUUCCGCACGCCCAGCGUCUUUGCGAAGGCCGUGACGUUGAAGAUCUUCCUGAGCGGUACGAAUUGCUCGAAAAGAUGGGCCUAUGUUUCGUCAUCGAUGGGAAGUACGGUGAUGCCGUGAGAUCGCAUUCUGCUGUUGUCCAGUGGAGGCAGUAUACGUUCGGUGCAUCAGAACUGCCGACGCUACGGGCUUAUAGUUAUCUCGGUGAGGCAUUAAUUUGGAAGGGCAAUUGGUCUGCAGCGGAAUGGUACCUUCAACAGGCUCUCAACGGACAGAGGGAAACGCUGGGCCAAGAGCAUCCCUCUACGCUGACCAGCAUGGCCAACCUGGCAUCGACGUUUCGGAAUCAAGGCCGUUGGAAGGAGGCCGAAGAGCUGUUGGUGCAAGUGAUGGAGACGAGUUCGAGGGUGCUUGGGACGGAGCAUCUCUCUACGCUGACCAGCGUGGCCAACCUGGCAUUGACGUUUCGGAAUCAAGGCCGUUGGAAGGAGGCCGAAGAGCUGCAAGUGCGGGUGAUGAAGACCAGUUCGAGGGUGCUUGGGACGGAGCACAUCUCUACGCUGACCAGCAUGGGCAACCUGGCAUCGACAUUUCGGAAUCAAGGCCGUUGGAAGGAGGCGGAGGAGCUGGACGUGCACGUGGUGGAGACGAGUUCGAGGGUGCUUGGGACGGAGCAUCCCGACGCACUGAUCAGCAUGGGCAACCUGGCAUCGACGUUUCGGAAUCAGGGCCGUUGGAAGGAGGCGGAGGAGUUGGACGUGCAAGUGAUGGAGACUAGGUCGAGGGUACUUGGGGCGGAGCAUCCCUCUACACUGACCAGCAUGGGCAACCUGGCAUCGACAUUUCGAGGUCAGAGCCGUUUGAAGGAGGCGGAGGAGCUGGACGUGCAAGUGAUGGAGACGAGAUCGAGGGUGCUUGGAGGGGAGCAUCCUGACACGCUGACCAGCAUGAACAAUCUCGCAUUCACCAUUCAAACGCACGGGAGGAACGUGGAAGCUAUGAAACUCAUGGAGAAGUGUGUGCAACUUCGGAUUCAGGUCCUUGGUGCUCACCAUCCUUACACUCUUUCCUCUGCCGCAGCACUGGCUAAAUGGAAAGGUGUCAAUUGA